AUGGAACAUUUGAAUUUUAUUAGCGACAACUUGGCUGAUGUCAACAGCAAAAUUGAUCAGGCUUUGGCAGCGGCAAACAUUCCAAAUAAAAAACGACCUUGUCUAGUUGCUGUCAGCAAAACCCAGCCAAAAGAAUACGUUAUUCAAGCAUACAAAUGUGGUCAGCGUCAUUUUGGCGAAAACUACAUUCAAGAGCUUAAUGAUAAAGCAAACGAUCAAGAGAUAAUUACUCAAUGUCCUGAAAUUAAAUGGCACAUUAUCGGGCACAUACAAACAAACAAGAUUAACAAGUUACUCGCUUCUCCAAAUCUAUCUGUCAUUGAGACCAUCGACUCGGUAAAGUUAGCUGAAGCCAUAAAUGAAGCCAUUAAGCGCAAUGAUUUAAUCAAGGGCACAAUUGAUGUGUUUGUACAAGUAAACACAAGUAAUGAAGAAGCCAAAUCUGGUAUUGAUCCUGAGCAUUUGGUAGAACUAGUCGAGUUCAUCACGACCAAGUGUGACCGUUUACAUUUUGUGGGCUUUAUGACCAUUGGUGCCUACGGUUACGAUGUCUCUCUCGGUCCAAAUCCCGACUUUCUUAAACUGCUGGAAGUGCGUGAAACAUUCUGCAAGAAGGCUAAUGUCGACCAAACGACCAUUGAGCUCAGCAUGGGAAUGUCCUGUGACUAUGAGCAUGCUAUUCAUCUUGGCAGUACUUUUGUUCGUGUAGGCACAGGCAUUUUUGGCCCUAGGAAAGCCAAAGUUUAA